CCAACGAUCGGGUUUUGAUAGAAUACUAGAAGAUCUCCGGAUUUCUUCUUCCGUGGCUCCCUUAGGUUAUGCCGUUUACCCCUCAGAUCUUGUUAGACUUCAAUUCCAAGGGAUUAUUAUUACUUAGGACAUGGAGCAAAUGUGCCUUUGGUCAAGUUGCUACAAGUAUCAAGGUUUUUCAUUCCAGGAAGUGCUUGAUUGGCGGUUUCUCACCUUUGGAGAUUUCCUUGUUUCCUUUGUCAAUUGUACUUAGUGAGCAGUUUUCCUUGAAUGAUCUGCACACGAGGCCAAAUGCAGAUUCCUUCUAAGAUAGGUGUUGGAUGUUUUGUUAAAUUUGAGAAGCAGCACCCCUUGUUAUGUCCGUUGUGAUUCUACUGUUAAGUGUUGAGUUCAUCAUCGUUUGAGGAAAAAAAAAAAUUGAGAGCAAAUAAAUGAUGUUUUUAAACAUCAUCAAGAAUAGACUGCAUACACUCUUGUUUAGUGUUGUAACUUCUUAGAUGCAUAUUCUUCUCAUUGUAAGGCACCUGUUAGGAGUGAUCUGGUUCCCUUGACUGAAGAAUCAGCAGCAACGUUGUCUAGUAUAUGUGAGGAGAGCUUGUUUUGCUGUUUAAGAAGCCACUAUCAACCAUAUAUUGAGCUGAAAAUCAAACCUGUUUCAUUGGGCUGCAUUAUGUUUUAGUUAGGCUGUGGGUGAUUUCAAGAUGAUUAACAGUCCUUGCCUGAACUUGUUUUCUCUACCCAGUGUUCCAAGUCACUGCUUUGAGGUCUUUGAUGUGGCCAUAAAUAAGGUUGUGAAGCUCCUCCAUCAUAAUCUUGCUGGAUUUGGGUGCAAGACAAUGCAAAAUUAACAGUGGAUUUUGUGGAACCAGCCAGGCUAGUCGUUAUAUAUAAUAGUCCUCUUUUCCAGGCAUCUAUUAAAGGAAAAAAAAACAUACACGUCCUCUGUGUGUGUUUCCUUCUCCAUCUCCAAUUAAUUGUGCUGUGUGCUGGUCAAUUAAAAAAUGGAUAGGUACAAGAUAAUUAAGGAAGUUGGUAAUGGUACUUUUGGAAAUGUGUGGCGAGCACUAAAUAAUCAGACUGGUGAAGUGGUAGCAAUAAAAAGAAUGAAGAAGAAAUAUUUUUCAUGGGAAGAAUGUAUGAACUUAAGAGAAGUGAAGUCUUUGAGGAGAAUGAGCCAUUCAAAUAUUGUGAAGCUAAAGGAAGUGAUCAGGGAAAAUGACAUCUUAUUUUUUGUGUUUGAAUACAUGGAGUGCAACCUAUAUCAGCUUAUGAAAGACAGAGCAAAGCUUUUCUCAGAAAGUGAAGUGAAAAACUGGUGCUUCCAAGUAUUUCAAGGUCUUGCAUACAUGCAUCAACGGGGAUAUUUUCAUCGUGACCUUAAACCAGAGAACUUAUUGGUUUCAAAAGAUGUCAUUAAAAUAGCUGAUUUUGGUCUUGCUCGGGAGAUUAAUUCUGAACCACCAUACACUGAAUAUGUUUCAACACGCUGGUAUCGGGCCCCUGAAGUUCUUCUCCAGUCCCCAACAUAUGGCUGUGCUGUUGAUAUGUGGGCAAUGGGUGCAAUAAUGGCUGAACUGCUUACGCUUCGCCCUCUGUUUCCAGGCUCAAAUGAAGCAGAUGAGAUCUACAAAAUUUGCUGUGUAUUAGGGACCCCAACAAAGACCGAAUGGCCCAAUGGACUUGAACUUGCUAAUAGCAUUGGCUACCAGUUCCCAAAGGUUGUUGGCGUACAUCUUUCUGCACUUAUACCUUCUGCCAGUGAGGAUGCAAUUAAUCUCAUUACGUUGCUUUGUUCAUGGGAUCCCUGCAAGAGGCCUACAGCUGUAGAAGUCCUUCAGCAUCCUUUCUUUCAGAGUUGCUUCUAUGUUCCGCCAUCCCUACGCCCCAAGGCAUACCUCCCCAGAGCACAUUCAUCAGGCAAUACCCCUGGGUAUACUACCGCUGGAACGAAGCCUAUAUUGGAACAGAAAUCCAAGAAAUGGUCCUCAGGGACACUAUCCAAUUCUAGGUCCUAUGGUGACUUUUGUUCUGCAAAGUCACAUGUGCCCUUGAACUCAGGUGUACAAAGAAAAUUGGAGACGAACUUUCAAGAUCCAAAGAAGCCUGUUAAGCCCCCCGAGGACUUUGUGAAGCAACAACCGAAAUAUCUACCCCCUGCAAAGAAAGUUCAAAUGGCGAGUUCUAUGGUGAAGCCUCAUGGAGUCUCGAAUGCAAACGAGAAGUUGGCGAACAUAACUGUUCCUUCUGGCAGACCUACUUUCAAACAACCAUUACCUCAACCUAUGAAGGCUGGAGGAUGGCACGGGCCACCUGCUAUGCUCCUCAAUUCCCAAGAUAUGCUUCCAGGAAGAACUUACUCGAGGAAAGUGGCGGGAUGAACGAUGAAGAAUGAACGAGAAUCACUACUAUAUUUGCUUGUUUUCUGGUGCAAUUUAUGUUAUUAUGUUCUAGUGCCUGGCUAUGUUAGGGUGUGACUGUGAACCCUUUUUUUGCUUCUGUUUUUGUUUUCUGAAUGGUUUUACCAACGUUGGUUGUUCCCUGCCAUGUUUUACCAUGACAGUGUUAAUAAUAAAUUCUGGUUGGAGUUAAUAAAA